GGUCCUGGCGGGCGCGGGGCCCUGUGCCGUACAGCAUGGCGGCGCUGUGGCGGCGGGGGCGUCCUCCGCCAGUGUCGGGGCUGUGCCGUACGCUCCGAGCGCUCUCAGGAAAGAAUGAGUAUGAUCUUCUGGUCGUUGGCGGAGGGUCUGGAGGCCUUGCUUGUGCAAAAGAAGCUGCUCAGUUUGGAAGAAAAGUGGCUGUUCUGGAUUAUGUUGAACCUUCCCCACGAGGAACCACAUGGGGACUUGGUGGAACUUGUGUGAAUGUUGGCUGCAUUCCUAAAAAGCUUAUGCAUCAAGCAGCCCUUUUAGGGAGUGCACUUAAAGAUGCCCAACACUAUGGCUGGAAUAUAUCCCAACCUGUUCAUCAUACCUGGUCUGUGAUGGCACAAGGUGUUCAGAAUUAUGUGAAAUCCUUGAACUGGGGACACAGAGUGCAACUACAAGACAAGAAGGUGAAAUAUUUCAACAUAAAAGGGAGUUUUUCUGAUCCACAUACAGUCCGUGGUUUAACAAAAGCAGGUAAAGAGACUAUUGUUACUGCAGAUAAUAUUGUCAUUGCUACUGGAGGAAGACCAAAAUAUCCUACACAUAUUGCAGGUGCACUGGAGCAUGGAAUCACAAGUGAUGAUCUGUUCUGGUUAAAAGAAUCUCCUGGAAAAACGUUGGUUGUUGGAGCCAGCUAUGUUUCCCUGGAGUGUGCUGGUUUUCUAACAGGCAUUGGAUUGGACACUACAGUCAUGAUGAGGAGUAUCCCACUUCGUGGGUUUGAUCAGCAAAUGGCUUCUUUAGUAACUGAGCACAUGGAAUCUUACGGCACAAAAUUUUUAAAGAGAUGUUUCCCAACUAAAGUUGAAAAACUGAAGAGCAACAGAUUGCAAGUCACUUGGAGAAAUGCUGACCUGAACACAGAAGAAACAGAUUCUUUCGACACAGUUAUGUGGGCAAUAGGCCGAGUCCCUGACACCAAAACUCUCAAUUUGGAGACAGUUGGAGUGCAAACUGAUUCUGAAACUGGAAAGAUUAUUGUUGAUGCCAGUGAAGCUACUUCUGUUCCUCACAUUUAUGCAGUUGGAGACAUAACAGAGGGCCGUCCUGAAUUAACACCCACAGCAAUAGCUGCAGGAAAACUGCUGGCUCAGCGUCUUUUCGGCCAGUCUUCAGAACUGAUGGACUAUGACAAUGUGCCUACCACAGUCUUCACUCCCUUGGAAUAUGGGUGUGUUGGACUGUCAGAAGAAGCAGCUGUGCAAUGUCAUGGAUCAGAUAAUAUUGAGGUGUACCAUGCAUAUUACAAACCUUUAGAGUUUACAGUGGCUGAAAGAGGUACAACUCAAUGCUAUGUGAAAAUGGUGUGCUUACGAGAGAGGGAGCAACGAAUACUUGGCCUUCAUUUCAUUGGACCAAAUGCAGGCGAAGUUAUUCAAGGAUUUGCUCUUGGAAUCAAAUGUGGUGCUACAUAUCCUCAGCUGAUGAAGACAGUUGGCAUUCACCCUACCUGUGCUGAAGAAGUUACCAAGUUGCACAUUACAAAGCGUUCUGGCUUGGAUGCAACAGUCACAGGCUGCUGAGGUUAAGUACCAUCCCUGGAAAGAAUGAAAAAAAGCACAAAACGUAUUUGUAAAGAAAAGGGGCACUUAGAGUUGAAACAGCUUUAAUGGUUCAGGUUACAGGAAUCUUUCUUGUUCUCCUUGAAGACAGCUUUUUCUCACAGCCAAAAAAUUUUCCUUGCACCAUCACAGUUCUAAAACCAACAUAGUCCUGCUGCAACAAAUCUCUAUUUCAAAGUGCCUAAAGCUCUUCUCUUGCUGGGAGCUAGGGAUAAUUACAGUAUUUUAUAUAUAAAUAUAACUAAAGCUCAUGACAUCUGAGGCUAUCUACAAAUGAAGCAGUUGUCAUUUGGGUUGCCCUGUUGGCAUGACUGACUGCCAGCAGAAUAGUCUAAAAUGCUGACAGUCAGACAGGGCAUCCCUUAGAAGUUUGGUGGGAUGCUUUGUCCUGCAUGCUUGGAUUGCUCAUUACUGAUUCUGGGUAAGCAGUCAUCUUUGGGUUUUUUCCUUUAAAAGGUAAUGUGUAAAGGAAUUUAAUAGAAAAUCACCUGAAGCCAUACUGCUGCUGGAAGAAUCACAAUGGAUUAAUCAGCAGCAGCCUGGUAACAUUGUUAUGGUGAGGACUGAGAAUGAAUGAUCUCAGAGGUGCUAAAGGAAGUGUUGGAUUUUAUAGGGGUGCCUCUGCCUACUCCUGAAAUUUUUAAUUCAGCUCAGUCCAAACUAAAUUGAUGCAUCUCACAAAUUACUGCUUGAACAAUGUACAUUGAGCUGACAAGUAGAGUAAAACCCACUAAUAAUCCACCUUAUGCAGCAUUUUCUGUUUUAUAGAAUGCAGAAAUAUGGCUGAAGCUGAAAUAUUUUCUUGGUUUGUUUUUAAGACUUUCUUGCUGAUGAGCUGGAGACUAUAUCUGAAUUGACUUAUGUCUGGCUUUAAUAAAACAUGUUACUGAAGGGAACUAGAUUAAACACUGAUCCAGAGAAGAAAUGGUCCUGCUCUGAGCAAAGAUAUAAAAUAAUCAUCUGCGACUUUUUUUUUUUUCUUCUUCUUUUUUUUUUUUUUUUUCCCUCCGUACUGGCCCGAGUAAGAAAGCAUUACCCUGUUGCACAUUCCUGCUGAUUUUCGGGAUCUCCAGAAGGGGGAGGUGCUGGCUCAUCUGUGGCAGGAAAGGAACAAAUCUGAGUGAAGCUUCUUGGGCAGAACCCAGUUAAGGAGGUAGCCUGACAAAGGCAAACACAAACCAAACUGCACUGAAUUUCAAUCCCAGUUGCAGUAUUUUGAUGUGCACAGUCAGAGUUUCUUGCACCCUUUACAGCAGAAUAGUGCACACUGGAAGAGACCAGCCUGAGAUGAAACAAAAUAUAUCAUUUUUGCAGUUAAUUGAUAUCAGUGUUUGAUGUGUGGAAUUUGUUAUUUUCAUUCCAAACUUGUUGCACUUUUGAAGAAUAGUCUGAUGAUCGUGUAUGUAUCUGCUAUUUUAAUUUGAUUGGUAUUUCACUGCUGCAGCAACACGGACAAAUGGUUGGUUUAUAUGAAGUGUGAAAUCAUUUUACCAUGAGAAUUGUACCUAUCUGAGAAACUAUUAGGAAAAAAGGGAUCAAAACUUCCUUGUAAAGUAGGAUGUAACAGCAUUUAUCACACUGUCAUUGAUAUGAGAAUAUUAAAUUUUCAAAUAUUUGUUUUAACUUAAACAACAACAAAAGAAGUCCUAAAUGUUUUCUCUACAAACUUUCCUGAUUUUUUUUGGUCCAGGUUUCUGGUCCAUAAAAUAGGAAGGAGUGAUACAGUUUGACUCUUAAGUGGCAUUCCCUGUCAGAUCUGCUGAUGCCAUUUUUCAUCUGUGAAGUCAUCCAUAAGUUUUUAGUUGACAAGAAAUAUUUGGAUUGGAAGUGUAGUUGAAACAAUGCCUGAAUUUUGCAGCUGCCUUUAGAGGAAAUGAUGAAAACUUUGUAUGUAUAAAAAUAGGUGCAUACCUGCACAUUCAGAAGUUUGUUUCCUUUAAUAAAGGUCCGUAUGAGUAUGAUGCAGCAAAAGCCCUUGCUAGAUUUUCCCCAGCUGUUUACAAAAAAAAGAGUUCACAGUAAAUUAGGGUUUCUUAAAAUGUUUUACUUAAUAUUCCAAAAUACAGAGAUACAGCCUAAGAGAGAUUUUGCUGUGAGAAACAGCUCACCUCUGACAAAACUUUAACGUGUAUCCAUGCAAGAUUUUCUUUCUAGUGUUUACCUAUUAUAGUUCCUUUUGUUUCCCACAAAUGAAAGCAUUGGUGUUUAACCGUGUAAAAUCUGCUUCUCUUCUCUGCCCUACCAAUGCAUCCAGCAGACGGAGUUAUCUGUCCCUACAGACAGAUGAGUUAAUUUCAUUCAUCAUAAAGUUCAAAUUAAUUAUUUGGGACAGCAAAUAGAGUGAUCUCAAGGAAAUGUGUCCUCAGUGUAUAUAGAGUGUGAAACUAAGGCAUGUCAUCAUUUUCAGAAGAAACAGAACUGUCUUGGUUUUAGAAUUGCUGAGUGGCCUGCAUGAAAUUGUUCCGGUCUCUUCAACAGCAGCCUGGUUCUGUUCCUCAUUUAGUGGAAAAUUCUGUUGCCCCCUGAAGUAAAACUAAACAUACCAUCACACCUACAUAAUAAUGUCAGAAUCAACAGCAAGACAGAAUAAUGACACAUACUGUGAUUGUGCUUUUUUUCCUGAAGGAUUCACCAGGGAUGGUGCUUAAGAAUUUUUUUUAAAGCCCGACUAAUGUAAAUUGAAACAACUGAUCUACAUUGCAACCUACUGAUUGCAUGUGAAAAUGUAAAAAAAAAUGUAGUCAGGCUUCUCAGGAUGCCAGCUGAUGAGGAUUUGUUUGUCAAACCACACCAUGGUGCAAACAAGUCUGAGCUUUGCUGGGUCCCUCAUAUCUGUGAUCCCAAUAUUUAUUGUGUUGUGAAUUAAAUAAUGAAUAAAGAAUUUUUUUUUUCUAGUAAA